UUAUGUGACAUUUUAUAAAUGGUGUUCAAUGCAGACACUUCCCUUUCGAUGUACAUAGUGUAGGUUAAUAAAAGCUGGUAAGAGUCAUUCCUCUUUAAUCACACUAUCAGACUGGCUUGAAGUAGGUGGGCAAGGCACUAAGUCAUAUCUUUCUACUAAGGAAAGGCCUGCCUCCUUUGUGAAUUUCCAUUGUGAUCGGAGAACUCUGUGACACUUAGCUUUACUUUAAAUUGUAUUUAAAUAGUAUUUUUGUGUAUUUGUGCUUGCUGGGGAGAACGUGCCACCAACACAGGAGAACACAGUUAAUAUCUCAUGCAGACAACCUGCUAAAGUGAUCAUGAAUGGGAAUGAAGAAAACUACUAUGGAAAACAUGGUGAACCAAGGAAAUUUGACCCAAAGUUCAGAGGACCUAUUCAUAACAGGCAUUGUACAGACAUUAUUUGCUGUGUAAUCUUCAUAGUCAUCAUUCUGGGUUACAUUGCAUUAGGAAUUGUGGCUUGGGUGCACGGUGAUCCUAGGAAAGUGAUUUAUCCAACUGACAGCUAUGGGCAGUUCUGUGGUCAGAAAGACACCUUCAAUGAGAACAAGACCAUUCUGUUUUACUUUAACAUUCUGAAAUGUGCCAGCCCAGUAGUGUUAAUAAACCUACAGUGCCCUACAACACAGCUUUGUGUCUCAAAGUGCCCAGACAGGUUUGCAACCUAUAUUGAUGUUCAGGCUUCCUACAGAUAUAAACCAGAUCAGUGGAAUUACUUCAAGCAGUUCUGCAAACCUGGUUUUAACAAUCCUCGCAAGUCUGUUGCUCAAGUUCUACGUGAUGAAGAUUGUCCUUCAAUGAUCAUUCCAAGCAGGCCUUUUCUUAAGAGAUGCUUCCCAGACUUCUCAACAAAGAAUGGUGUGCUAACUGUGGCAAAUCAGACUACGUUCAGAGAUGGAAGGGGGAAAACAAGAAAUGUAACUGAUCUCAGGGAAGCUGCAAACGGCAUCAAUAAUGUGUUGGAUGCACGAUCAGUUGGAAUGAAAAUUUUUGAAGAUUAUGCCAUUUCUUGGUAUUGGAUACUAAUUGGGUUGUUCAUUGCAAUGAUUGUGAGUCUGCUCUUCCUUGUGCUGUUGAGGUUCACAGCUGGGGUUCUCUUCUGGAUUUUCAUCUUUGGCGUGAUUGGAAUUAUAGGUUAUGGCAUCUGGCAUUGUUACUGGGAGUAUGAUCAUCUCAAAGGCAUACCUGGAUCUGACCUCACUGUUUACGAUAUCGGAUUCCAGACAGACUUCAGAGUGUACCUACAAUUGAGGCAAACAUGGCUAGCAUUUAUGAUAAUACUUUGUGUUGUUGAGGUCAUAAUAAUACUGAUGCUGAUCUUCCUAAGGAAUAGGAUUCGGAUUGCUAUUGCACUGUUGAAGGAAGGUAGUAGGGCUAUUGGCUAUAUAAUGUCUACAUUGUUCUACCCAGUUGUCACCUUCAUACUCAUUGCAAUUUGCAUUUCCUACUGGGCUGUGACAGCUGUUUUUUUAGCUACAUCAGGAGAACCUGUGUAUAAAGUAAUGGCUAAUCAAACACUGUGCAAGUAUGCAAACCUGACUUGUGACCCAGAGACUUUUAACACAACCAAUGUUACCAAAUUAUGCCCAGGUGCUCAGUGUACUUUUGCAUUUUAUGGAGGAGAAAGUCUGUACCAUAAGUACAUCUUCUUCUUUCAGUUAGCCAAUGCCUUUGUUUUUCUCUGGCUGGUAAACUUUGCAAUUGCACUGGGUCAGUGUACCCUUGCUGGUGCCUUUGCCUCUUAUUACUGGGCCUCUCGAAAACCAGCUGAUAUUCCAGUGUGGCCACUCUUCUCUUCCUUUGGACGGGCAAUACGAUACCAUACAGGUUCACUGGCAUUUGGAGCCUUAAUUCUUGCAAUUGUCCAGCUUAUUAGAGUAAUACUGGAAUACUUGGAUCACAAACUGAAAGGUACACAGAACUCCUUCACUAGAUUUCUACUCUGCUGCCUCAAAUGCUGUUUCUGGUGUUUGGAAAAAUUCUUAAAAUUUAUAAACAGAAAUGCCUACAUCAUGAUUGCCAUAUAUGGUAAAAACUUCUGCACCUCAGCAAAGGAGGCAUUCUUUCUGCUCAUGCGAAAUGUGGUGAGAGUCGCAGUUCUGGACAAAGUUACAGACUUUCUUUUAUUCCUGGGGAAAAUUCUUGUUGCUGGUGGUGUAGGUGUUCUUGCGUUCUUUUUCUUCACACAGAGAAUACCAAUCUUUGCACAGGAAGCACCAGCAUUAAAUUACUACUGGGUACCAUUGUUGACCGUCAUUAUUGGCUCCUACCUAGUUGCACACGGGUUCUUCAGCGUCUAUGCAAUGUGUGUCGAUACACUUUUCCUCUGCUUUUGUGAAGACCUGGAAAGAAACGAUGGAUCUACAGCAAAACCCUACUUCAUGUCUGCUAGCCUUCACCGAAUUCUAGGGAAGAAGGAACCGAGCCCUAAGAAGGCAGUAGGAUAACAUACAGUAAACCUCAACAUCAAAAAAGUAUAAAUUUUAAUCAAAAUGUGUAUAAAAGGCACAAGUAAAAACAGUACAUGAUGCUUCUGGUUAAUGGGUGAUUCUUUUUUCCUUUUGCUUACAUCUAAAAAAAAUCAGCAACAUUGGUAAUGUUUAACUAAUUUAAACACUUAAGCUUGUGAAACAAGGCCACGUUUUAGUUUAUAGAGUGCCUAUGAGAAGGAAAAUGUAAAUUUGAAGCUUUUCUAAGUCUACAAUAAUGUUUUAAUAACUUUUGUAACACAAGUUGCUGCCUUAGAUGACAGCAGUUUUGAUAAGAUUUCUUUUUAUAAGUGUAUAUUUGUAAAAGAUUUUCAGGCAAUUUUUUGAAAGCACUACAGUGUAACCUAAUUAGCCAUAAAAAGAUAGUUUGAGACUCUCUGGUUAACCAGGAGAUGCUACUAAAUUUGUAAAUAUGGUGCUAUGAUUGUAUUUUUUUUUGUAUGUGCUGGUUUUCAGCUAUUUAAACUGUGAUUAUACAUGCAUUAAUGAUUCCCUACACUGAAAUAUGUAGUAAUAUUUUAAUCAUAUCCAUGACUAUUUAAGAAAUGAUAGUAUCAUGUAGUCCCACAGAAGGAAAUUGGAGAAGACUACAGUUGGUACUGAUUUAAGUGAAGUUUUCUAUGAGUAGUGCUUAAAAGAUGAUAUAAUUGAGAAAUGGUCCUUUAGCGCUUAAAAAAAAGUGAAUCGUGGUUCACAGAAAAAGGGUUUCUUCUGGUCCCAGAUGGUGAAUGUAUCAUUUCUAGCUGAUGUGUAAGAGGGAGGUGCUUGUACUAUCCCGUCUUUAAUCAAACUCUGAUUAUUUUCUACAUUAUGAAGAUAUUGAGCUGCACUGAAAGGAAAACCAAAUUCAGACUUUUUUUUUCAUUGAAGGAAAGUCUUAGCUCUAUAUGUACACAAGGAACUUAAUUGUGUUUGCCUAGCUGUGACAAAGGCCUCUUAGUAGACAUUGCAAUGACCACGUGGAUUCUAAGAGCCAAGUGUGCUCUUUCCACACAUUUUUCUCUAAGCUUUUGGUGGCUCAUUUGGUAAGAUGUGAAGAUAAGACAUUGAACCUGAGUCUUACAUGAUACAGGAUUAAUUAGCUACCAAAAAAUGCUCCAAAAGAUUCAGUGCUCCAAAAGAUUAUUGGUUAUUAGAACAAAAUCUUUUCAAAAAAUCAUGUUAACAUUCUGUUCAGGUCUAUGAACCUCCCUUUAGUAGAACUAUCACUGAGGUUAGUAACAUCUUUGUUCAUAGAAAAAGUCUUACACUCUUUCUGAGUACUUUUCAGCUUUGUUGCUGCCAUGAGCUGAGCUGGAAAUGUAUUAACCUAAUCUGCUAACUACCCAAGGAAACAACUAUAUUGAGGUGUGCUCCUAGUUUUCAUAGAUUCCCCAGUACUGAAUAAGGUAUUCCAUAACAGUCCACUUUCCAGGACUGUCAUGUGGCUAUUUCUAAAUCUAUGACAGGAAUUCAGCUGCUGGAAAUAAUUUUCCAGCCCAAGGAGUCCUUUGGUGUCAUAAAGGGAAAGGCAAAGUCUUUUCCAGAUGAUUUGAAUUCAGAUUUCUCGGGAAAUUUAUCAACAAUACACAUUCCAAAAUGAUUUUGCUCCCAGACUUAUGGCUCGGACUGUCCUUCAUGCAACAGGUUUGAGGUUAAGUUAAUGCAGAAAUGAUUACCACCCAUCUUCGUGAAGUCAUGGGCAUGAUAGGAUCUUGAAAUCCUGUGAAUGGAGGUAAAAGUGACAGGAUGCUUUUAUGCAUUCACUUCUCCAGCUGCCACUGUAGCUCUUUCCCCUGAAGCAGAAAUGAGCGUUUCAUUUUUGGACUUAAAUAAUGUAAACUAAAGACAUACAGUUUCAAACAUAGCUAAUGGCUGUGUGAACCUUCAGUUUUUGAGAACCCCACUUGAGAUACCAUAAACUCACAGAAAGGGCUGAGAAAUGUAGCUUCUGAAAAUUGACUGGUGGUUUUCACUGACUUUAUCAUCCCUUUCUCAUCACAUGUGUGGCAAUGAAUAUACAACCCCCCAUUGUUCUAUUCUUGUCUGAGAAUUAAGUCAAUAACUUUAUGAGGCAUGUGUCACCAGUCCAUGAUUAGAUAACCUGCUGGUCUGUGAUUAUGGUCCAUGCAGUAAUUAUUAUCAUUUUUGAACUGCCAUGUAAUUAGUUUGCAGCUGAAGCAGCUGCAUUAAGUAAUCUAUAUUUCUCUACUGGACUCCAAUGUCUUACUGGGAUCUCAGCUGAAAAAGUGUAUUUCUGAAUACAAUAUGCUUUUUAUAUCAUAUGAAUGUAACCAUAUAGUUUAUUAGGAAUAAAACAUAACAGAAAUAGUGUACAGUUAUUUAAUUAGAAGACUUUUGUAACAAACCUAUGCAUUUACUAAAGGAAUUUCUAAACGUGAAAGUUUUAAAUUGCAUCAUUAUUUAUAUACAGUAAAUAUAUAUGUGCGUGUAUAAAUUGCUCCACUCACUAUUUUGUGAAAAUUAAUUAUUUAGAAUGUAAAUGAUCAUCAUUUAUGAGAAGAAAAUUUAAAAGCCAUUUUCUUAAUUAUAUAGUUAAGAGAACUGUGAAAAUACAAAGCAAUACCAUGCAAAUUUUGUAAUCAAUAAACUGAGUAAAUAAAUCAUAAUGAUUCAAUAGUAAAAUUGGCUUUUUAAAAUAAAAUGUUAUUAAUGAAUUAAGUAGAAAAUAAUGUAAGUAUUUACUUGGAAAAAAAAAAGUUUUAAGACUAGGUUAUGAUAAUAGUUCCUAACGAAUCCUGUGGGACAGUGUCUGAAGACUUCCACAAUGGGUACUAGUAGACUAGUAGCCAUGUUUUUGGAUUUGGACAUUUACCUUUUUAGUAUAAAAUUUAGAAUUCCAUUCUUCACUUCAAAGUGGAACAUGUGGCUACAUACAACACAGUAAAAUAUGUUAUAUAUUCUUUGAUCCUCAGCCCAUGGAAGUCAGUGAUAAAAUUUCUGCAAGGCAUGGGCCAGCCCUGUAUAAUGAGGCUGAUUAUUAUUCUGUGUGUACAGUCCAGUAAGUGGCAAAAUUUAAGGAACUGACAGCCUGGAUCUCAUGGUCGUGUGGUUUGCAAGGGCCUCAGCAGGUGGUGGUGGGGCUUCUGCUGUCCUGCCCAGCUAUUGACUGGGUGAUUCUCCUCCUAGGGAAAGAGUUACAAAGACAGGAUGGCUCUGCAGAAAGACCCUUUUACAUGAAUAAAACUUUUUUUGAGGAUCUUGAACAGCAGAAUGUAGAAACCAAGAGACAGGAGAAAAUACCCACUGUCAUAUCCACACAAUCAUAUUUGCUUUAGUUAUGGUUUGAUUCACUGUGUCUCCUUGUGACACAUUAAUGGAUGGCUUUUAUUUGCAUGUAUUAUACCAAAGUUUUAAUGUCAAGCCUUCAAAUAAUGUGAAGAAAAAAAAAAGCAACUGAAAAAAAACACAAAGCAAAGAAAAAAAGUAAAAUGGAAUUAUUUUUCAUACUGAGUUUUUUUUCCAAGUAUUAUUCAGCAGUUGAUUAUUGUGAAUUGGGUGUUAUAAGGAUGCUGAAUAGUCUUUCAGACAUUACUAUUUAAAAGUAUUAAGUUAUUUUGUUAUUGCAUGUUCUGUAGUAGAACAGUAAACUGAUUUGGCAGACACAAUAUCAAGCUUAUUUUGGGACAGUCAAUGAGUAGUCUAAAGAUUGGCUAUCACAGAAGUGACUGUGAGGAACAGACUGUCUUCUGUAAUGUAGAAUGUCUCCCUUUGACCAACUGCAGGUCUCUCAGCCUGGACAACUGUGUCCUUUUGACAAAGUGCCUUAACUGGCUAUUAUUUUACCUGGCUUAUAUUUUUAAGUCUAUUCACAUCACAUAAACUACACAACAGAAAAGGCUAGCUAGAAAACAUGAUGCUCUCUUUAUUUGAAUUUAACGGAUAAAAAAUUUAAUUGCAGAAAAAAAUGUGAGGCAUAUUUAACCUGCAUAAUGCAGCAUACGCAAUUUUCCUGUUGCUGUCAUCAGAUCAUGAAAGUAUACUGUGUGGUCCAGGAGAAAGUAUAUGACAAUUGUGGUGUUGCAAAUAAUUAAAUAGAAACAAUGUAAGACUGUUCCAGUUUUAGUAGUAGAUUUUUUAUACCUUUUAUUUAUGGUAUAACGAACUUCUGGGUAUGGCCUAUUCUGCUUUCAGUUACAAUGAUCUUACUCUUACCUGUGUAAUUGCGGGGAGAACUGGGCUAUUGCUACUUAGAAGAAUAAAAAAGCUAGCAAAUACUAUCUUACUGUAAUACAUUUAUUUGUGUGUUCCCAAGCAUAAAAUUCAUUCUCCAUUUUAGGAAUGACAAUUUGUUGUUCUGGAAGUGUUUUAUAAAUUAUUCUAAUUUUUUUAACAUUUUAUACAGACAAUUUUUGAGGUAAUAAGUAAUUUGUACUGCACUGUAAUCAAAUAAGAGAUAUGUUUCUUCAUGUAUAUGAUUACUACUACUACUACUACUAUUAAAAUUGUUUGUUAAAGAAAGUCCACAAGCAUUUGUCCCACAUAAGAAGUUGUAAAAUCACAAAAAGUCUGUUUAAGUUUUAAGAAAUGGAAUGGAGGUUACUGUCUGUUUCACUAAUUAAUGUGAUUGUUAAGGUUAUAUUAUUAUCUUGUCAAAACCAAAUUAACAUGAGCACAUGACAGUCUGAGCUCUAAAACCUGUUUGCUUCUGCUAUGCAGAAAUAGGAACGUAUUGUUUAAAUACCUUUGGUAACUGAAGCGUUUAGUAUUUAAUUUUGUUGUUACUCACUGUUUUACAGCUCUUGGGGAUUGUUCUAAUAAAGAUUUAGAUACAAAGCA